GUUUUCGCUGCGAGAAAAAGCCGAAGCCGCGCGGUGACGAUAAGCUGCUUCUCCGCCCUCCUCUUCAGAUAAUCUAACUGCCGUAUGAGACAACCAGCCAAUAAGAAAUUAGAUUGGGUUGCUUGCCAUCGAGUGUAUAAAUGGGCAUCAAAGAUGCAUCAAUGCCCAGAGUUUUAGAAGGGCUCCAUGGGGUACAAGUUGUGAAUCGAUCAUCUUACAGAGAGGAUGAGGAUCUUCGCCAAGGCGGCUUUGAUCAAUCAGCUUGUGAUGGGUCGGGGAUUGUCGGAAUAAGCCAAGGAUUGUUAAUCAGGCAACUAUGGCAGCAGAGGCCGUCGUGCUUGAGGCCCAUCAAAUGUAGUCUGCAAGGCGAUAGUCAUAUCGGGGAAACUAUUGCAAAUGUCUUGACCUCAAUGCCUUUCAUAUUUCUCGGACUUCGGGCUCCACGGAAGAACUUGAAUACUGCAUUAUAUGCUAAUUCGCUUGUUGGAGUGGGGAUCGCAUCAAGCUUAUAUCAUUCUUCAAGGGGAGAAGUUAGAAAAUAUCUGAGAUGGGCAGACUAUACAAUGAUUGCUGCAGCUUCACUUUGUCUAUCAAGGGCACUCAGGGAAGAGAACCCAAAAGUACUAAUGGCCGCAUCAACAUUGCUUUUACCAUUUCAACCUUUGAUGGUUUCAGCUGUCCACACAGGCAUGAUGGAGGUAGCCUUCGCAAGAAAAGCACUGGAGAAACCAGCGCUCAGAAUGGCUCAUAACCUUCACACAGUUUCCUCUCUAUUAGGAGGUGCACUAUUUUUCGCCGACGACUGCUUUCCCGAGACCCCCUAUCUUCAUGCUGCAUGGCACCUUGCGGCGGCGGUUGGAGUUGGGACAUGCAAUAAGCUUCUCGAGUGAUAUUAUUUGGCGACCUCACCGGUGGUAUAUAUUAUCAAUCAUUUGUUGAUAAUCACUUUUUUAGUUGAGGAGGGGGGCAACCAUUAUCAAUUUGUCGACAUUGAUCUAGUUCUUAAUACUACCAAAUGAAAUACAAGCGAUUAUGUUUCUUAUGUUUAAAAGACGUUGCAUGAUGCGUUUGAUCGGGUACACCAAAAUAUUUGUUGUCGUGUGUUGGCCUUCUGGUAACUGUGUCUUGCAAGAAUCUGGUUCUUAUGAGUGGAAACCAACACUUCUUCUCUGUUUCCAGUAUCUAUAGAUAAGUAUUGUGCUCUACACACCCACUUUUAUGUAUGCGAACAGUGCUAUAUAUUCCAUAUAUAUUCCAAAAAA